AUGGACGAGAAAGACGAAGGUCAGUCUAGUCAAGAUGGUGGUAGUCUUGAGAUGGAGAUAUCUCAACCUACACCAACAAAAGACAGAAAAGUUCAUGGCAAACAUGAGCACAUUACUGAAGAAGAAAGGCCAAGUCAAACUGAAGAUUUUGAAGAAGAAGAACCUCACCAGCACUACGCAGGAGAUUUUGAAGAGAGGAUUCAACAAACAAGAGCUAAUCUUUCAGUACGAUUCCAAAUGAAGGAGCUUGGAGAAUCAAAACAUUUUAUUGGUCUUGAAGUGGAGCAGAAUAAGAAUGAGAUAUUUCUAUGGCAACAGAAAUAUGCAUGUGAUCUUCUAGAAAAAUAUGGGAUGGUUAAUUGCAAGUCUAUGUCAACUCCAAUGGAGGUUAAUGCAAGGUUAUGUUCAGUCGAAGUGAGAGUUAUUAGUCAGUUUAUGCAAAAACCGGUGAAACAUCACCUGGAGGCGGUACAACGGAUAUUGAGGUACGUGAAAGGGACUAUUGACUAUGGAAUCCUGUACCCCAAUGAUGAACAGUUUGAAGUUGUCGGAUACCAUGAUGCUGACUAUGCUGGUGAUCUCGACACACGUCGGUUGAUUACUAGGUAUGUGUUUAAUCUGGGUUCUGGAGCAAUCUCUUGGUGCAGCAAGAGACAACCAACAGUGUCACUAUCAAGUACGGAAGCAGAAUACAAAGCGACAACUAUGGCUACAAAAGAAUGUGUGUGGUUGACGCAAUUACUCAAGGAUCUGCAUCAACCAAUUGAUCGGGGAAUCAAAUUAGCCUGUGAUAAUCAGUCUGAAAUACGUUUAGCAGAGAAACCUGUUUUUCACGCAAGGACAAAACAUGCGGAGGGACAUUAUCAUUUUGUCUGA